AUGUCACAAGCCAACCUCCUCUCCCCACCAACCCACAUCCCCCCACCGACCGCCCUCGCGCUCUCCCAAAAAGCCCCCCUCAUACUCUCCCACCCACCCACAUCCUCAUUACCCUGGCCCCUCUCCCUGCUCUUCUCCCGCGAAACCCCCGAAUCAUGGACCAUCCACGAGAACCUCUUCUACUCGGCGCUGCGCACCGGCGACGAGACAUCCGCGCAAGCCAUCCUCCAGCGCCUCGAAGCGCGCUUCGGCGACCAGAACGAGCGCAUCAUCACCCUGCGCGGCAUCUACAACGAAGCCACUGCGCAGUCGGACGCGGAUCUGGAGAGGGUGUUUGAGGGGUACGAGAAGAUUCUCAAGGAGGACCCGACGAAUAUGAGUGUGCGCAAGAGGAGGGUGGCGGUGUUGAAGGCGCUGGGGAGGACGCAGGAUGCGAUUACUGCCAUCACGGUGUUGCUGCAGAAUAGCCCGACGGACGUGGAGGCGUGGGCGGAGGCGAGUGAAUUGUAUGCUAGCCAGGCAGCGUGGGGGCAGGCGAUUUAUUGCGCGGAGGAAGUGCUGCUUAUCAUGCCGAAUGCGUGGAGCGCACACGCGCACAUCGCUACUCUGCACUACCUCUCGGCCACAUCCACCACGCCGCCCUCUCUCUCCGCCCUCUCUCUUUCGCUAAAACACUUCUGCCGCGCCGUCGAGCUCAACGACUCUUAUCUGCGCGGCUACUACGGCCUCAAGAUGCUCACGUCGAAGCUCCUCCCCUUGUUGUCCGAGUCAGCGACCGUGUCGAGCAAGCGCGGAAACAACCAAAACGACGACGACGACAUACCCAUCCCCAAAAUCGAGACGGUCAGGAAAUUGGAGGAGAUUGCGACGAGCAAGCUCGGCGAGAUUGUCAGGAAUGCCAGCGCGGGCAAGGCCCCAGGAUUUGAUCAAGCUGAAGUCAUUGCGGCGAGGGAAUUGCUGGAUACGGAUGGGAAGAUUGAACGGUAG